AUGAAGAGGGCAGGUUCUGCAGGUGGAGCACAUAUAUAUAUAUAUAUAUAUUACCGUGUGUGUGUGUGUGUGUGUGACACAGCUCAGAAGACGGCGCUGAUCGUGUACGCCCACCAGAGUCCGGGUUCCUUCAACGCCGCCGUGCGUGACCUGGUGACGCUGGAGCUGGCGGCGCAGGGCUUCAGGGUCCUAGUGUCCGACCUGUACGCCAUGAACUUCAGAGCCAACUCCACGCAGGACGACAUCAUCGGUGACCUCAGGAAUCCAACGCUGUUCCAGUACGGAGAGGAGACCAUGUGCGCCUGGAUGGAAGGCCGCCUCAGCGACGACAUCCAAGCCGAGCAGCGCAAAGUAGAGGAGGCGGAGCUCAUCAUCUUCCAGUUUCCAUUGUACUGGUUCAGUGUGCCGGCCAUCAUGAAGGGCUGGAUGGACCGAGUUCUCACUCAAGGCUUCGCCUUCUCCCUGGAAAAGAUGUACAAUAAUGGAAUAUUCAAGGAUAAGAAAGCGAUGUUGUCUUUCACUACCGGAGCCACACAGACAAUGUUCCAGCCGGAUGGAAUCAACGGCGACAUCAACAUCGCGCUCUGGCCUCUGCAGAACGGCACUUUGCACUUCUGCGGAUUUCAGGUCCUCGCUCCUCAGAUAUUCUGGGGUCCGGCCCACUGUCCGGCCGCCGUGCGAACCAUGAUGCUCGACGGGUGGCGAGCCCGGCUCAAAGGACUGCUGGCGGAAAAGCCUUUGACCUUUGCCCCCUGUGAGCUGUUUGACCUCAGCUUUCAGGGCGGGUUUCUGCUACGGCCCGAAGUGAGGGAGGAGCGGGAGUCGCAGCCCUACGGCAUCACCACGGGGCACCAUCUGGGGAAACCACUGCCGCCUGACAACCAGAUCAGAGCCCCGCCUGCUUCUGAAGAAAGGGAGGAACCGGGCCGCAGCAGCUAGAACUGCUCUCAUGUUUGGAAACUGAAGCUAAAAUAAAAAACAUUUGAAUAAA